AGGCAAAAGCCGCGGGGGCUCCUCGAGCGACCGACCCAGCACCUCCUGAGGCGGCGAGAAGGACUCGGGCCCAGGGCUCAGCAGGAUAUCGAAUCCCUAACAGGAGGGCUGACUGGUUCUAAGGGGGCUGAUCCACCGGAAUUUGCUGCACUGACAAAAGAAUUAAAUGCCUGCAGAGAACAACUUCUAGAAAAAGAAGAAGAAAUUUCUGAACUUAAAGCUGAAAGAAACAAUACAAGACUGUUACUGGAGCAUUUGGAGUGCCUUGUGUCACGACAUGAAAGGUCACUAAGAAUGACGGUGGUGAAGCGACAAGCCCAGUCCCCCUCGGGAGUGUCCAGCGAAGUUGAGGUUCUUAAGGCGCUGAAAUCUUUAUUUGAGCACCACAAGGCCUUGGAUGAAAAGGUAAGGGAGCGACUGCGGGUUUCUUUAGAAAGAGUCUCUGCACUGGAAGAAGAACUAGCUGCUGCUAAUCAGGAGAUUGUUGCCUUGCGUGAACAAAAUGUUCAUAUACAAAGAAAAAUGGCAUCAAGUGAGGGAUCCACAGAGUCAGAACAUCUUGAAGGGAUGGAACCUGGCCAGAAAGUCCAUGAAAAGCGUUUGUCCAAUGGUUCUAUAGAUUCAACUGAUGAAACAAGUCAAAUAGUUGAACUACAAGAAUUGCUUGAAAAACAAAACUACGAAAUGGCCCAAAUGAAAGAACGUUUAGCAGCCCUUUCUUCCCGAGUGGGAGAGGUGGAACAGGAAGCAGAGACAGCAAGAAAGGAUCUCAUUAAAACAGAAGAAAUGAACACUAAGUAUCAAAGGGACAUCAGGGAGGCCAUGGCACAGAAGGAAGAUAUGGAAGAAAGAAUCACGACCCUUGAGAAGCGUUACCUCAGUGCUCAGAGAGAAUCUACCUCCAUACAUGACAUGAAUGACAAACUAGAAAAUGAGUUAGCAAAUAAAGAGGCCAUCCUACGGCAGAUGGAAGAGAAGAACAGACAGUUACAAGAGCGUCUUGAGCUAGCUGAGCAAAAGUUGCAGCAAACUAUGAGAAAAGCUGAGACCUUACCUGAAGUAGAGGCUGAACUGGCUCAGAGAAUUGCAGCCCUGACAAAGGCUGAAGAAAGACAUGGAAACAUUGAAGAACGUAUGAGGCAUCUAGAAGGUCAACUUGAAGAGAAAAAUCAAGAACUUCAAAGAGCUAGGCAAAGAGAGAAAAUGAAUGAGGAGCAUAACAAAAGAUUAUCCGAUACUGUGGAUAGACUUCUGACUGAAUCCAAUGAACGCUUACAGCUACACUUAAAGGAACGAAUGGCUGCUCUAGAAGAGAAGAAUGUCUUAAUUCAAGAAUCAGAAACUUUCAGAAAGAAUCUGGAAGAAUCUUUACAUGAUAAGGAAAGAUUAGCAGAAGAAAUUGAAAAGCUGAGAUCUGAACUUGACCAGUUGAAAAUGAGAACUGGCUCUUUAAUUGAACCCACAAUAUCAAGAACUCAUCUAGACACCUCAGCUGAGCUGCGGUAUUCUGUUGGAUCCCUAGUGGACAGCCAGUCUGAUUACAGAACAACUAAAGUAAUAAGAAGACCAAGGAGAGGCCGCAUGGGUGUGAGGAGAGAUGAGCCAAAGGUGAAAUCUCUUGGGGAUCAUGAAUGGAACAGAACUCAACAAAUUGGAGUGCUAAGCAGCCACCCUUUUGAAAGUGACACAGAAAUGUCUGACAUUGAUGAUGAUGAUAGAGAAACGAUUUUUAGCUCAAUGGAUCUUCUCUCGCCAAGUGGUCAUUCUGAUGCCCAGACCCUAGCCAUGAUGCUUCAGGAACAAUUGGAUGCUAUCAACAAAGAAAUCAGACUAAUUCAGGAAGAAAAAGAAUCUACAGAGUUACGUGCUGAAGAAAUUGAGAAUAGAGUGGCUAGUGUGAGUCUGGAAGGCCUGAAUUUAGCAAGGGUCCACCCAGGUACCUCCAUCACUGCCUCGGUUACAGCUUCUUCGCUGGCCAGUUCAUCUCCCCCCAGUGGACACUCAACACCAAAGCUCACCCCUCGAAGUCCUGCCAGGGAAAUGGAUCGGAUGGGAGUCAUGACACUGCCAAGUGAUCUAAGGAAACAUCGGAGAAAGAUUGCAGUGGUAGAAGAAGAUGGUCGGGAGGAUAAAGCAACAAUUAAAUGUGAAACUUCUCCUCCCCCUACCCCUAGAGCCAUCAGGAUGACUCACACCCUCCCUUCUUCCUACCACAAUGAUGCCCGAAGUAGUUUAACUGCCUCCCUCGAGCCUGAAAGCCUUGGGCUUGGCAGUGCCAACAGCAGCCAAGACUCUCUUCACAAAGCCCCCAAGAAGAAAGGAAUCAAGUCUUCAAUAGGUCGUUUGUUCGGUAAAAAAGAAAAAGCUCGACUUGGGCAGCUCCGAGGCUUUAUGGAGACUGAAGCUGCAGCUCAGGAGUCCCUGGGGUUAGGCAAACUUGGAACUCAAGCUGAGAAGGAUAGAAGACUGAAGAAAAAGCAUGAACUUCUAGAAGAAGCUCGGAGAAAGGGACUACCUUUUGCCCAGUGGGAUGGGCCCACUGUAGUCGCAUGGUUAGAGCUCUGGUUGGGAAUGCCUGCUUGGUACGUGGCAGCCUGCCGAGCCAAUGUGAAGAGCGGUGCCAUUAUGUCUGCUUUAUCAGACACUGAGAUCCAGAGGGAAAUUGGAAUCAGCAAUCCUCUGCAUCGCUUAAAGCUCCGACUAGCAAUCCAGGAGAUGGUUUCCCUAACCAGUCCUUCAGCUCCUCCAACAUCCAGAACUCCUUCAGGCAACGUUUGGGUGACCCAUGAAGAAAUGGAAAAUCUUGCAGCUCCAGCAAAAACGAAAGAAUCUGAGGAAGGAAGCUGGGCCCAGACCCUGGCAUAUGGAGAUAUGAACCACGAGUGGAUUGGAAACGAAUGGCUUCCCAGCCUGGGGUUACCUCAAUACAGAAGUUAUUUUAUGGAAUGCUUGGUAGAUGCAAGAAUGUUAGAUCACCUAACAAAAAAAGAUCUCCGUGUCCAUUUAAAAAUGGUGGAUAGUUUCCAUCGAACAAGUUUACAAUAUGGAAUUAUGUGCUUAAAAAGGUUGAAUUAUGACCGAAAAGAACUAGAAAGAAGACGAGAAGCAAGCCAACAUGAAAUAAAAGAUGUGUUGGUGUGGAGCAAUGAUCGAGUUAUUCGCUGGAUACAAGCAAUUGGACUUCGAGAAUAUGCAAAUAAUAUUCUUGAAAGUGGUGUGCAUGGCUCACUUAUAGCCCUGGAUGAGAACUUUGACUACAGCAGCUUAGCUUUAUUACUACAGAUUCCAACACAGAAUACCCAGGCAAGGCAGAUUCUCGAAAGGGAAUACAAUAACCUCCUGGCUCUGGGAACUGAACGGCGACUGGAUGAAAGUGAUGACAAGAAUUUCAGGCGUGGGUCGACCUGGAGAAGGCAGUUUCCUCCCCGUGAAGUACACGGAAUCAGCAUGAUGCCUGGGUCCUCAGAAACAUUACCGGCUGGAUUUAGGUUAACCACAACAUCGGGGCAGUCAAGGAAAAUGACAACGGAUGUUCCUUCAUCAAGACUGCAGAGGUUAGACAACUCCACUGUUCGCACAUACUCAUGUUGACAAGCCACUCAAAGGAGGCAGCACUGACUUGCUAUGUCGUCUUUUCAGUCUACUCUACCUAAAGUGCACUACCAUCUAAGAAGAUAAGCAGUGAAAACCUUUGUGAAGAC